GCUGAGCCGACAGCUGACAUCACUUUUGGCUGACACUGAGUUUAACGUCAGCAGUGAUAAAGCGAACGCCUCCGUCAGGAUGCACUCAGGUCCUCGUCUCCAACUGAUGGAGGGCUCCGUUCCAUAUAUCCCCUGCCAGAUCCGUCAUUACGAGGCGAAGGACGUGGAGAGAUGCAGUGCGGCCAGAGCAGCUAAGGGUAAGAAGACUUGGAUAGCUUUCGUCGGCGACUCCAACCAGAGGCAAAAGGUAUAUUCCUUGAUGAGAUUCCUACCACCUGAACUGAUGUACACAUUUUACCUGGGCAAUAAACAGGUAACUCGCGAAGAAUUUAGAAGGGCUGUUACCUAUCAUGUACACAGACCUCCAACCUUCGAUAUUCUUGGCCGGCGACCCUCCACGACCUCCAAGACUACUAAGACCUCUACGACCUCCACCACAACGACAAGUUCCACAUCAGAUCUUCCUGGUAGUUAUCACCUCGACACAAGUAACCAUAGUCAUAGCGAUACUGACGAUGCUGGUGGUUACAGAGGCCUUAAACGAGACUCUAAUAAAGGCAGCAGUAGUAACGAAAAAAACGAACAUGAUAACUUUAACGGUCAAAACGGUAUUAACAGUCAUAACGGCUUUAAUGGUAUGAAUGGUCAAGAUGGUAUUAACGGUCUUAAUGGUGCUAACGAUUACGGUAUUAACCGUUAUAACGCCAUCAACGGUUAUAAUGGUACUGACAGUCAUAACAGUACUAACGGUCUUAAUAAUAACGGCCAUAACGGUAUUAACGGUCAUACUGGACUUGGUGCUUAUGAUGAAAACAACGACUCGAAAGGGGAGGAGGAAGAGGAGGACCCAAGUGACUUCUCUUACUCGGAGGAGGAGUUGCUGGAGGAGGAUGUACCACUCGACUCAUACGACCUGAGGGUGACUCUGGUGUGGGCGCCAGGAGGCUCCCUCAAGAUCAUGUCGUCUUACACCGAGGAUCACCUUGAACAGAGAGUCACAAAGCUACAGGAUUGGGCGAAGGGGGAUGUCGUUCCUGACGUCAUGGUGGUGGGAUAUGCUACGUGGUUCAUAGUUAUGAGGACGGCCUUGGGUGAGUUGUCCCACUUCACCAAUCUGCACCGGCUGUCUCACCCUCUGGUCCAAACCCUCAGCCGCCUCGCUCACAAGACCCGGAUGCUUCUCUGGUCACAGAGUAGGUAUCGUUGGUUUAACUUCGAGAACGCAGAUGUCUCCCCUAACUUGAAAUACCUUCUCUACAUUACCCAAUUCAGGGACUCCCUCCCUCUCAUGGACGCCUGGCUGUGGUCGCUACUCAGGCCCACGGGGACAUGGCAAUGGGACUCGACCUUGCCUUUCAACCUGGCCAACCUGAGAGAGUGUCAAGCGUACAAACAAGCCAAGCUCUACGCCGACCCAAUCUACUCGCGCAAAGCUAGUUGGUGGCAGUGUAACGAUGUUCAACACGCCUCCUUCGAGACCAACGCCAACGAGAUUCACAUGUUGUUCAACUUCCUAUGUAACUCGUACCUGUCCACACCACAACAGUACUGUUGCUCCUGAAACAGGGAGAUCUUCCGUUCAUAUAGGCGAGGAAGGGAGUUCACGUGUUCGUUUCAAUGGGGGAGGGCGGAUCUCACGUUCACUUUGACGGCAAAGGAGGAUUUGCAAGAUUAGUGGAUACAAGCGAUAGGAUAUAUACAGAUGAAGAACGGAGACUAUUGGACAGCAAAAACUAAAAAAAUAUGAUCGUACCUGAAGUGUGACCUGUAGCCUUGACUUAACUAUGAAAAAAAGACGGAUACUUCAGUGUUAAGACGACAAGUUUCUGUAUCCUGUUUACAGUAUUACCAGUAACAGAAUCAAGAUUGUUUUAUUUUGUUAUCCCUUUAUA